CGAGGAGAGCCAAUAGAAAGCGCAGACUCUGAUAACAUCCCCACGCGGUGACGAGAGGAGUCAGAACUCUGCCGCCCCUUCGGUGGGUCUUCGCCCCCUCCUCUCCGGCUAGAUUCCUUGUGAAGCGAGAGCAAGGCUGAACCCGAGCUCUUAUGGGCAUCGGCGGGAACGGCCGCAGGAGCCCUCACAGACCACGCCGUUUCAAGUGACAGCAUUGGAAUAUAAACCCCAAGGCAGAAGCGAGCGGCCUCGACUACUGACAGGAUGAUCUGGAAACUGGUUUUAUCCUUUUUUCUCGUGUCCACUUUGGUUCAAGUGUCGGAUACCAGGAAAAACCGUCCGGCGGGAGCCAUUCCUUCACCUUACAAAGACAGCAGGAGUAACAAUUCAGAGCGGCGGCAGCAUCUAAACAAAGAAGUGUUGGCCUCAAGCCAGGAAGCCUUGGUGGUCACAGAAAGGAAAUACCUCAAAAGUGACUGGUGCAAAACCCAGCCACUGCGGCAGACUGUCAGUGAGGAAGGCUGUAUAAGCCGCACUAUUAUCAACCGAUUCUGUUAUGGCCAGUGCAACUCCUUUUAUAUCCCCCGGCAUGUGAAAAAGGAGGAGGAAUCUUUUCAGUCCUGUGCUUUCUGCAAGCCUCAGAAGGUUACCUCUUUCACUGUGGAGCUAGAGUGUCCUGAACUGGAUCCGCCAUUCCGACUCAAGAAAAUUCAGAAAGUCAAGCAGUGUCGGUGUAUGUCUGUGAACCUCAGCAGUGGAGGCAAACAGCGGAAGUGAAGGUUGGCAGCUGACACUGCCAGAGUGAUCAUAACUUUGCUUUUCUCAUGGGCAAGCAGUUUGAUUAUUUUCUUCGGCCAUGAGUUGUUUCUUGAGUAAAAUAGCCUUUUGCACAUGGAAAUAAAGGCUGCUGUGGGCUGGCCAGAUGACUCAGUGUCCAAAGCAGCUUUUUUUUUUUACCAUUGAAUCUGUGUCAUUAAGCAUGAGGCCAGCAUCAAAUUUGGGAAUGACUAAUCAGGUGGCCAGAGGUUGAAUCCAAUACUUAACAUUUCCACUGUGUGGAAAAACUUUUGACCUGCACUCCAUCCUUGCUUUUGGAUGAAGAGGUGGCCCAUUGAAAUCUUCAGAAUUUCUCCUCAGUUUUGGAACCUUUCGCUUCAGCUUAUUGUGCCUGACACUGUCUUCCUUGGGCUGAGAGGCUGACACAGCUACAGUAAGCAGUGGCUAAAGGAAAGUGAUGGUUUUCUAUGUGUUCUUACUGAAAGAAAAAAUCUAUGGGGUUUACCUUCCAUAGAGAUAACUAACUUUCCCAUGAAAAAAAUUGAUGAAUUUAUACACGUUUUCCAGCUAUAUUGCCUCAAGAUCUCAUUAACAGCCAUCGUCCAUUUGUAACACAGCUAAAGCAAACCACUGUUAAAUUUGUUAAUAUAGACAUAACCAUGUAUAUUUUGUGAUAUGCCUAAGUAUUUGAAGGUUUAGGAUAAAGCUUUUUAAGUGUUGGACAGAUCAUUCUUUAAAAAUGACAGGAUUCUGAUAGUGUGUGUGUGUAUUUCUCUUAGCAGAUUCCCCACCCCUCAUUAAUUUAAGCCUUGGUCUCACUCAAGAACUAUUGUGCAUUUAUUCAACCUAUGUUGAAUUGAUACUUGGUGGAAAAACAAUAUUGUGUUUAUUAUAAAACACAGUAGCACAAAGCAAACAAUAUUAUAUUUUAUUGUUUAUUGAAUAUAUAUGUGUGUGUGUGUAUAUAAAUAUAUAAACAAUACCUUAAAUCAUUUUCUAGUCCUCUUGUAGGCACAACUUGUUUCAUUCAUUGAAAUGGCCUUCAGAAACCGUUUUUCAUGCUUAAGAAAAAGCUUUAGUCAAUGCUAGUUCAAUAUUUUAAGACUCUUGUUUCCAGUUCUUUAUUAGAGCUGCGGAGAAUUCAUGACUCUUUGCACAUAAACCAGCCUGACUGUUCCCAUUUCUACCCCAUCCCAACUGAAGCAUCAUUCUAUUUCUGUGAAACCUCUCAUUGCCAGCUUCCUCAGAUAUGAGCAUCAAAAGGGUUAAAGAAAUAGUUUUCUUUGGAGCUCAAGUUUGGUGCCAACUCAAACAUUCAGUGGCACAGUUCGCUAUUAUGUGAGACAGGGUGCUUUAAGAAGCUUUGAGGAACUGAUCUCUGCUAGUGCUCACCAAUCGGUUUAUGGGGAUUGGCACAAGGAGGGGGGAUUGGGCAGGUAUGUUAGCCCUAUAUUUUUCUUCCUCGGUGUUACACAAUAGCUGAACUGCACUUGGGAAAGCAUGAGAGAGAAGGGUGAGGGUUGCUUUUUAAAGACUAUCACUGCUGUACAUUAUUAUCUGUGUACUACUUGUGCAGUGGAUUACCAAAGCUGUUUGUCCAAGAUAGAAUAGUUAAAAUGACCUCACAUUCAGAUCUGUGCCUCAGAGAGAGAGAGUUAACAUCAGUUCCUAUUUCAAAAUUUAGCACAUUUCCUAAGUAACCCUGUGAGGAAAAAUGUGCAAACAGGGCUUCUUACCAAUCUGUGAUAGUGAAAUAUGCUGCAAUAAGGAAAAGUAUUCUUGGGGUUUUAUUCAAAAGAAAGAGUUGAGUUGACCUUGUAAUGGUUCAUACUAUUUAAUGUUUGUUUUAUAAAUGAAAACAAAAUUGAAGAAAUGUUAUAACUAUA